AUGGAGCCCAUGGUUAUUGAUGAAGUUCUCACUGGUACCCACUGCCAGGUCUUCCACCCUGAGCAGCUCAUCACAGGCAAGGAAGAUGCUGCCAAUAACUAUGCCCGUGGCCACUACACGGCCGACCAGUGCACAGGUCUUCAGGGCUUCUUGGUCUUCCACAGCUUUGGUGGGGGAACUGGCUCUGGGUUCACCUCCCUGCUGAUGGAGAGGCUCUAUGUUGAUUACGGACAGAAGUCCAAGCUGGAGUUCUCCAUCUACCCAGCCCCCCAGGUUUCCACCGCUGUGGUUGAGCCCUACAACUCCAUCCUCACCACCUACACCACCCUGGAGCACUCUGAUUGUGCCUUCAUGGUGGACAACGAGGCCAUCUAUGACAUCUGUCGUAGAAACCUCGACAUUGAGCGCCCCACCUACACUAACCUUAACCACCUCAUUAGCCAGAUUGUGUCCUCCAUCACUGCUUCCCUCAGAUUUGAUGGAGCCCUGAAUGUUGACCUGACAGAAUUCCAGACCAACCUGGUGCCCUACCCUAGCAUCCACUUCCCUCUGGCCACAUAUUCCGCUGUCAUCUCUGCUGAGAAAGCCUACCAUGGGCAGAUUUCUGUAGCAGAGAUCACCAGUGCCUGCUUCGAGCCAGCCAAACAGAUGGUGAAAUGUGACCCUCGCCACGGUAAAUACAAGCCUUGCUGCCUGCUGUACCGUGGUGAUGUGGUUCCCAUUGCCACCAUCAAGACCAAGCGCAGCAUCCAGUUUGUGGACUGGUGCCCCACUGGCAUCAAGGUUGGCAUUAAUUACCAGCAUCCCACUGUGGUACCUGGUGGAGACCUGGCCAAGGUCCAGAGAGCUGUGUGCAGGCUGAGCAACACCACAGCCAUUGCUGAGGCUUGGGCUUGCCUAGAUCCCAAAUUUGAUCUGAUGUAUGCCAAGCGUGCCUUUGUGCACUGA